CUUUUUCAUUUUUUAAAUUUUCCAGCUUCACUUCAACAUUUCUUUUCCACCUACAAUUAUCCUUUACCCUUCAUCUCUCUCUCUCUAGGAAUAUCCACUAUAGCUUCAUUUCAUUUCAUGUAAUAUCACAAUUUUAUUUUGGCUACUGAAUUCUGGGUAUUUUGGAUAUAUAUAUGAAAUUAAAUGGAAAUUAAAGAGAAGUCUGUAGCUCUAUGUGGAGAUCAUCCUACUGUUCUUCGAAAUCACAAGGUCUAGGAGGAUGCUAGACAAGUUUGAGAGUUUGUCUGCACAAAAUGAAGACAGUACCAAUGUACCCAAUUGGAGAAAACAAAACCUGUUUCUUGAGAUUCCUACUAGAAAAGUUGAUGUUCCUCAAGAAUCUGUUAAAAUCAAGAUGCCUCCUACACCAAAAAGAGUCAAUUUUCUUUUGAACCCAACCUCCUCUGAUAUAAAACCUUAUGAAUCUUCUGGUCCUUCAUCAGCAAGAGGGCGCUCAUCUAUUAAAAAUUUCCUGCCAAAAUUUGGCUUCAUUCAUCGAAGUUCUUCAGAUGUUGAAAAAGCUGCCUGCGCAGCGAGCGAUGUUCCAUUUUCAACACCACGAGAGAAGGCUUCCAUUUCCAGGUCCACGUCACUUACGAAGAUAUUCACUCCAAGGAUAGGGCGGACAUCAUCUCUUCCAGUCAACCAAAAUGAGAAUCCUGUAUCUGUUCCUUGUGGAAGCACCACUAGUUCACUGCAUGCAUAUGCAAAGGCAUCUCAAACACAUGAAGCUGAAGUGCAUAUUUCUCGCUCUCUUUCAGCUCCCCUAAAUAAAGAAACACGCAUAAGAAGAAUGGAUUCUUUUAUUCGUGUAAUUCCUUCUCCUCGGGUGAAGGAAGAAAAACUUCAACUUCCAAAUGCAAGUGAGCCGGUGAUUAUUGAAAAUUCAGAAACUGAUGGAGAAGAUAUACCUGAAGAAGAAGCUGUUUGCAGAAUUUGCAUGGUUGAAUUAUGUGAAGGCGGAGAAACUCUGAAGAUGGAAUGCAGUUGUAAAGGUGAACUUGCUCUAGCGCACCAAGAAUGUGCAGUAAAAUGGUUUAGCAUUAAAGGGAACAAGACUUGUGAUGUAUGCAAGCAAGAUGUUCAAAAUCUACCUGUUACUCUUCUUCGUAUGCAGAGUACUCGUGCAGCAAAUGCUGGAAUAACUAGAGCUCAAAUGAUUAAUAUCAAUGAUUACAGGGCUUGGCAAGAAGUUCCUGUCCUUGUAAUUGUGAGUAUGCUGGCCUACUUCUGUUUUCUCGAGCAGCUUCUGGUUGCAAAUAUGGGUACUAAAGCAAUUGUUAUGUCUCUUCCAUUUUCUUGCAUUCUCGGUCUACUUUCAUCAGUGACCUCAUCAACAAUGGUGACGCAACGAUUUAUCUGGAUAUAUGCAUGCAUGCAAUUCGCUUUGGUUGUCAUCUUUGCUCAUGUGUUCUACUUAUUGGUCCAUAUACAAGCAAUCAUAUCAAUAUUGCUGGCAACAUUUGUGGGAUACGGUACUUCCAUGAGUGUUAGUUCUAUCAUUGUUGAAUAUUUUAGAUGGAGAAGAAGGAACACCCAGCCACGUGCACGACAAGAGUCUCAAUCGGCACAGUCAGACAAUCAACAGGAAGAAAAUUCAUCACCAUUGCCUAGGCCAGGUUUCCUAAAUCAGAUUCCAGCACAUGCAGGAAACUCAGAGAUGUCUAAUGGCAGCUGAGUCAUAGAAUGUUAAGCAAUAAUUUAUUUUUGUAAGAUAUGCAUGUUCAGGGUUAAGAUAUGUGAAUUUUGUUGUGGGAUCAGUCUGAUUGGCUGCUAUUAUGGUAUUCAGUGUGGAACUGGUUCCCUUGGAUUUAGAGCUGGGCUGAUUGUUUGAGUUAAGGGGAUUGGUUUCCAUAGAAUUAGGGAUGUGAUUGUUCAAGAUAAGUUAUAGCAAUAGUUGAUAAGUUAAAAUACCAUGUAUAAAAAAUUCAUUUGAGUUUUCAUGUAAUGAAGAGAGUCUUCAGUCA